UUUUUGGGUAAAUACGAUCACGUGGGGGUUGGGGAACCAAUGAGCUGCCGGGAAAAGGCUGGAAAAAUAAUUACCUGCCUUGAUUGUUCUGUGAGCAGAUAAAAAGUACAUAUACAGUUCAUACAAUAAUCUUAUGUAUGUAAAACCCUGUUACGAUGUCGGCGACGGGGCCCAUCAGUAACUAUUACGUGGACUCGCUCAUCUCUCACGACAAUGAAGACCUCCUAGCGUCCAGGUUUCCGGCCACAGGGGCUCACCCCGCCGCCGCCAGACCCAGCGGUUUGGUGCCGGACUGUAGCGAUUUUCCGUCCUGUAGCUUCGCGCCCAAGCCGGCAGUGUUCAGCACGUCGUGGGCGCCCGUGCCCUCGCAGUCGUCCGUGGUAUAUCACCCGUACGGCCCCCAGCCCCACCUCGGCGCCGACACGCGCUACAUGCGGACUUGGCUCGAGCCGCUGUCCGGCGCCGUCUCCUUCCCCAGCUUCCCGGCCGGGGGCCGUCACUACGCCCUCAAGCCGGACGCCUACCCCGGGCGCCGCGCCGACUGCGGCCCGGGAGACGGCCGCAGCUACCCGGACUACAUGUACGGCUCGCCCGGGGAGCUGCGCGACCGCGCCCCGCAGACACUGCCCUCGCCCGAGGCGGACGCACUCGCCGGCAGCAAGCACAAAGAGGAGAAGGCCGACCUGGACCCCAGCAACCCCGUGGCCAACUGGAUCCACGCCCGCUCCACGAGGAAGAAGCGCUGCCCCUACACCAAGUACCAGACGCUGGAACUGGAGAAGGAGUUUCUCUUCAAUAUGUAUUUAACCAGGGACCGUCGGUACGAGGUGGCCCGGGUUCUCAAUCUCACCGAGCGGCAGGUCAAAAUCUGGUUUCAGAACCGGAGGAUGAAGAUGAAAAAGAUGAAUAAAGAGAAAACCGACAAGGAGCAAUCCUAAACCCUGCCCCAGCCUGCUGCCUCAGCACAGCCAAGGGAAAAACAGAAACCCCACAAAAAUACCCCAACCCAGGCGGGAGAAUGAAAGCACGAAAAGAAAAGGAAGGAGCAAGAUAGAGAAAAGCCAAUCAGCUUAAAAAGGAAAAAAAAGGGGGAAAAAGGAAAACUCGCGAUUUGGGAGGGUUACGUGUUGAGAAAUUGGUGUUUUAGAGUUAGUUCUACCCAGCGAUAAAGAGGCAGGAAAGAAACUGAAUUCUCUUCCCCCAGCGCAACAGAAAUAAAUGACACACACAAAUGUGAUUUUUUCCUCCUUUCUUCAGAGAAGCCAGUACUUGAAUUGCUAUAUUUCUAUUUUUUCCUGUAUCAUAUUUGAUCUGGGCUAUCCCUUCCCAGGCCUGGGGCAUUCUGCGUGCAGAUUUUGUACAAAAAAAAAAAAAAGACACACACACACACACACACACACACACACACACACUUACACACACAACA